AUGGCUGGAGCGACACGGGACAGGCGCCUGGUCAAGGAGUUGGGCAAGAUUCACAAAGAUGGCAUGCCCCCUGGCAUCACAUUGAUAGAGCGUGACGACAGCGUUGCCGGCGACUGGUUCGUCGACAUCCAGGUACUCGACGAGAAUCCUCUCUACAAAGAUCAGAUCUACCGUCUCAAGUUCCACUUCCCUAAGAUGUACCCCAUAGAACCCCCAGAGGUUACUUUCGACAAACGAUCCGAUCGACCCAUCCCGAUGCACCCUCACAUAUACUCCAACGGCAUCAUCUGCCUCGAUCUCCUGGGCCAACAGGGUUGGAGUCCCGUUCAGAGUGUCUCCAGCGUGUGCAUGAGCAUCCAAAGCAUGCUGACAAGCAACGACAAGAACGAGCGACCUCCAGGCGAUGAGGACUUCGUACGAGGCAACAAGCAACGACCCCGAGACAUAGAGUUUCUAUACCACGAUAACACUGUGUGA